UAAAUGAUUUAGGAGGAAGAUGACAAAUAAAUUACUUUAAAAAAGUCAGAUUUCUUACUCAAAUGUAAAUUCCCAAAUCCAAAUAAUAGAUUUAAUAUUUAAUCUGGUUUUAGAUGGGAUGGUGUUGAUAGAAGUAAUGGUUAUGAAAUGAAAUUACUCAAUUCUAUAAAUGAAAAUAAAUAUAAAAAAUUAGAAAAACAACUUGAAAAUAUGAGAGAUUAAUGA